AUGGUUCUCAUUGCCAAUCCCAACAUUCCACCUAAGGAUGAUACUUGGAGUGUUGUUGAAUUAAUCGGCCAGUCCCCACCGGUGGACUGUACUGCCCCUUACGACCCUUCUACCAUUGCUGGCAAGACCAUUCUUAUCACUGGCGGUGCAUCUGGCUUUGGUGCCGCCUUUGCUCGUCAUUGGGCACGCCAUGGUGCACACAUCGUGCUGGGGGAUGUCAAUGAUAAGGCCGGAGAGGCUCUAACUGCUGAGCUUCGCAUCGCCUAUCCUUCGCAGACCUUUGUUUACCAGCACUGCGACGUUACCAGCUGGGCUGACCAAGUUUCCCUUUACCGAUUUGCCAUGUCCUCAAGUCCGUCCGGCAGCAUUCAUACUGUUGUCGCGGCGGCCGGUAUCGUCGAGUUAGCUAACCCGACUUCGGGCCAACACUUUGACUUCCCUACGUCCUCCCUCUCAUCAUCUGACAUGAUCCCUUCCCCACCCCCUCUCCGCGUCAUCAAUGUCAAUCUUAUGGGUGUCAUGUACACCACACACUUAGCCCUGCAUUUCCUCCCCCUGAACAAGCCAAACAAAGGUGCUGGCAGCGACAGUCAUAUACUCUUGAUCUCGUCUAUUGCUGGUUUGCUUCCUUUGCCCGGCCAGACCGAGUAUGCUGCAUCCAAGCAUGCUGUCAUCGGCCUGUUCCGGACGCUGAGAGCCACCGCAUGGUCAACCCAACAGAUUCGGGUCAAUUGUCUGGCUCCCUAUUUUGUCGAUACGCCUUUGCUCCCCCCAGCAGCUCAUGCGCUUCUCGCUGGAGGAGUGCUUGCAAAGCUAGAGGAUGUUGUGAACGCUGCCACUAGGUUGGUGGCUGACGAAGAGAUCCGGGGCAGAGCCUUGGCCAUUGGGCCAAGGGUCGUUUUCGAUGAAGAGGGAAUGCCCAAGCAGAAUCCAGUACAGCCUCACGGUGUCUGGGAAGUCUAUGGUCAUGAUUACGAGCGGGUGGAGGUUUUCACUUGGAGGUACUUGAAGAUGAUCAAUCUCAUGCGACAGGCAAGGGGUUGGUGGGGGCUAGCAAAGGACUUGCUGGCGAUAUUUACUGGCAGGAAAGGAGGUUCGAGGAAUUAA